ACAGACUUUUGAGUCCAAAAGGGCACUAACCACAUUGGUCUUUUUCUAACUUUUGCUUCUGUGCUACCUUAGCAAUUGUCUAUGUCUCCUGUUUCUUCUGCUCCCUCUUCUCAGAACUGCAAAAUGGGAGUGGAAAUGGAAUCAUACUUUGAAUUUCUUGUUAUUAUUUGAUACCCCCCCACCCCCACCCCCACAACCCAAACAUCUCAUCUUCUUCCAAAAAAAACAUGACUUUCUUGUUCUUUUCUGUCAAGUUUCUUUUCCUGUUCUUGCUUUAAAGACAACUCUUUUAUUAUUAUCAAAAAAAGAAAAGAAGAAAAAAAGACAUUAGUAUUAGUAUUAGCAUUUUCUCCAUUUUCUUGAAUAAUGAUUUGACUUCAUUUUCCCAAAACUUUGUGGCAAACAACACUUGAUUACCCUCUUCACAACCUUUACUAAUCUGCUUUUGUAGUUUGGACUUUGUUGGUUGUAAUGCUAAAGUGACAAGAACUUAGAAAAUCCCAAAUCAAGAAAAGUACAAUUCUUUUGUUAAUUUCUAUGGAAAUUGAUUUGAAUCAUGUAGUAGUAGUGAUGAGUAGUGAAGUUGAGAAAGACAAGAAUGCAUGUUGUAAUGAAGAAUGUGACAAAAGGGGUAGUAGUGGAAAUUGUUCAUUGUUGUAUACUUGUACUACUACUACUACUACUACUACUGCGACAACUACUUCUUCAUGUUCUUCAAUUGCAUCUUCCUCUACUUCACCUGUUGUUUCCUCAAUUUACAUGGAGCUUUGGCAUGCUUGUGCUGGUCCUCUUACUAGUUUACCAAAGAAAGGGAAUGUAGUUGUUUAUUUCCCUCAAGGUCAUAUGGAAGAAGCUGCUUCUGCUACUCCAUUUUCACCUAUCAAGAUUGAUUUCCCAACUUUUGGUCUUCAGCCUCAGAUCUUUUGUAGAGUUGAAGAUGUCUUGUUGCUUGCAAACAAGGAAAAUGAUGAGGUGUAUACACAGCUCACUCUUUUACCUCUUCCAGAGUCAGUGGCUAUAAGCUUAGAAGGGAAAGACCAUGAAGAUUCUGGGACGGAUGAGGAAGGGAACGGAGUUAAUCCAGCGAAAUCAGCUUCUCACAUGUUCUGUAAGACGCUGACUGCUUCGGAUACCAGCACCCAUGGUGGCUUUUCAGUUCCUCGUCGAGCAGCAGAAGACUGUUUCCCCCCUCUGGAUUACAAAGAGCAAAGGCCCGCUCAGGAGCUGAUUGCCAAGGAUCUGCACGGAGUAGAGUGGAAAUUUCGUCACAUUUAUAGAGGCCAGCCAAGGCGACAUUUGCUCACUACUGGAUGGAGUAUUUUUGUCGGCCAAAAGAAUCUCGUCUCCGGGGAUGCAGUUCUCUUCUUGAGGGGAGAAGGUGGAGAUCUCAGACUGGGAAUAAGAAGAGCUGCAAGACCUAGAAACGGGCUUCCUGAAUCGAUUAUCAAAGGUCAAUACUCUGGUACGGAUGUUCUUUCGUCAGUUGCCACUGCCCUAUCAGCAAAGAGCACUUUCCAUGUUUUCUAUAGCCCAAGGGCAAGUCAUGCUGAUUUUGUUGUACCUUACCAAAAGUACGUGAAAGCCAUCAACACUCGGAUUCCUAUUGGGACAAGAUUCAAAAUGAGAUUUGAUUUGGAUGAUUCACCUGAAAGGAGGUACAGCGGUGUAGUGACUGGGAUAAGUGAUAUGGAUCCGUUUAGAUGGCCCAACUCAAAAUGGAGAUGCUUGACGGUAAGAUGGGAUGAAGAUAUAAUGAGUAAUCAUCAAGAACGAGUUUCUCCUUGGGAAAUUGAUUGUUCAGUUUCCUUACCACCACUGAGCAUUCAGUCCUCUCCAAGACUGAAGAAACUGCGGACAAGUCCGCAGGGACCAUCAGUACUGGACAGCCAUUUCGCUGGAGGAAGUGCUCUUUUAGACUUUGAGGAGUCGGUAAGAUCCUCCAAGGUCUUGCAAGGUCAAGAAAAUUUAGGUCUGGUAUCACCUCCCUAUGGAUGUGAUAAAACAGUCCGCCCACUGGAUUUCGAGCUGCAAAGAGUAGCUCGUCACAAUCUCAUGCCAAAUGGUAUAGAGAACAUAACUGUUGGUGACUUUGUGAAAACUCAGCCUCCAACUACCUAUUCAGGCUUUAUGGAAUCUAAUAGGUUCCCAAAGGUCUUGCAAGGUCAAGAAAUUUGCUCGUUAAGAUCCCUUACUGGAAAAGGUGAUGUUAAUUUUGGUGCUUGGGGAAAACCUGAAUUUGGUUGCAAUGUUUUCGGCACAUAUCAGAGGCCGAGAGCCAAUUUCUAUCCUCUCGCUUCUGAAGGAUCGAGGAAUGUGUUUUUACCUUACAAUGCGAUGUAUAGAGCUGGACAAGACCCCGUGGGGCCCUCCUACAUUUCUAAUUUCCAGAUAGAAAAUCCUACCUUGAACCAGAAUUCAAUCCAAAAUGUUGUUAGGAGGGAAGAAGGUGGAAUGCCCAAGUUUGGAAAUGAGCAGAGGCCACCGGAGAUGUCUAAAGUGUCUAUUCCGGAGAAUCAUUUCAAGACUGAAAAUGAAGACUCUUUAAAACCACAAGCUUCAUGUAAACUGUUUGGCGUUUCCUUGACGAAAGAAACCUCUACUCCUAGCUCGCAGAGUUCUGGUAAGAGGAGCUGUACAAAGGUUCACAAACAAGGCAGCUUGGUUGGACGAGCCAUUGAUCUUUCAAGAUUGAAUGGCUAUGAUGACUUACUGAUUGAGUUGGAGAGGCUUUUCAACAUGGAAGACCUCCUAAGAGAUCCCAACAAAGGGUGGCGUAUCUUGUAUACCGACAGUGAGAAUGACAUGAUGGUUGUCGGAGAUGAUCCAUGGCAUGAGUUCUGUGAGGUAGUAUCAAAGAUCCACAUAUACACUCAAGAAGAAGUGGAGAAAAUGACUAUUCAAGGAAUCAGUGAUGACACCCAUAGUUGUUUGGAGGAGGCACCUGCUGCAACCAUGGAUGUCUCGAAGUCGUCGUCGAUUGGCCAGCCUGAUUCUUCUCUAACUACAAUCAGGAUUUGAAUAAAGUUGAUGAGAGGGUACCUGUGAAAUGUUCAUGCUUUGUUAUGUUAUGUUAAGUGAAAUAUGUGUUAAAUACUUACUCUACCUACUAGAUGUUCUUGUUAUGUUAAAUAAGUUGUUGUAAACUUAGUAUGUUUUGAGUCAGAUGUUGGAAGUAUGUUUUCAACUACUGUGGGAGCUUGUAAGUGAUACAAAGUUAUGUAAUGACUUAUAUGUGUAUGUUCAACUAUGUUUAAAAUAUUGACAUUGUAUGAAUA